AAGAGCCGGGCACAUCCUGUGGCUUCACCUCCGGAGGGGCUGAAAGCACUGGGUGUUCUCCAGCUGCAGGUUUCUGGAUGCAAGUGAUACAAAAACACUCAAGAAACUGAGAGGAGGGUCCUUGCGUUUUACCACACCUUACAUCCUGAGAUGCUCCGGACCAGGAACGGUGGCCGAGCUUCUGAAAAUAUGUAGAGAGACUUCCAGGAGUCCAGAGUCAGGUGAAGGACCUGUGCAGGGCUCUGGAGAGGAGCUACCUGGGCUGCAGAGCACAAGUUCUGUCUCUGAUCUUUAAGAAUCAUUUUGCAAGCGAUGGAAAAGCAACAGUUUAAGAAGGAGUCGAUGGCAGCACACAGGAAAUUCACAGCCUGGGAUGGACCUCAGUAACCCUCAGGAACAGCCCCUGGCUGCAGAACAAGAGGAUUUGACAGACUGUAACCUGAACAAAUCCCAGGAAAUGGAAAGCAUGGAUAACGUGGAAGACAUGAAGGAGCACAAUCAGUCUAACGAAGAAGCAGGAGAUGAUGUGAUCAAAGUGAAGGGUGAAUACAGUGAAAGAGAGGAGAGUGCUUUAAAUUCCGAGCCUAUGGAGAACCCGGAGGAAUCUGAGCUGCCUUACACCUAUCCCAGAGAAUAUAACGAGUAUGAGAGCAUUAAACUGGAGAGACACUCAGGUUCCUAUGACCACGUCAGGCCAGCUAGUGGGAAGAUGACUUGUGAUAUCUGUGGAUUAGCCUGCAUUAGCCUCAAUGUCUUGAUGGUUCAUAAGCGUAGCCACACUGGUGAACGGCCAUUCCAGUGUAAUCAGUGCGGAGCUUCCUUUACUCAGAAGGGAAACCUCCUCCGCCACAUUAAACUACACACAGGGGAAAAACCUUUUAAGUGCCACCUGUGCAGUUAUGCCUGCCAGAGGAGGGAUGCGCUUACGGGUCACUUAAGGACACAUUCUGUGGAGAAGCCAUACAAAUGUGAGUUCUGUGGCAGGAGCUACAAGCAGAGGAGCUCUCUGGAGGAGCACAAGGAGCGGUGCCGGACUUACCUGCAGAGCGCUGGCAUGUGUGAGGCUGCCAGCGUGGAGGCGAGGCACAUCAAGGCAGAGAUGGGGAGUGAAAGAGCCCUUGUGCUGGACAGGCUAGCGAGCAACGUGGCAAAGAGGAAAAGCUCAAUGCCUCAGAAAUUUAUUGGCGAGAAGCGGCCGAGCUUCGACGUGGGCUACGGCCCAGCUUUCCUGUACGAGAAGGAGAGCGAGCUGAUGCACGGGCGCAUGAUGGACCAGGCCAUCAACAACGCCAUCACCUACCUGGGGGCCGAGGCCCUGCGCCCGCUGGUGCAGACCCCGCCGGCGCCCACGGCCGAGAUGGUGCCGGUGAUCAGCAGCCUGUACCCGCUGCCGCUGCCCCGCGCCGACGUGCCCAACGGCGCCGCGCCCGAGCCCGGCCACGGCCACCUCAGGGACAAGAGCCUGUCGUCAGACAGGGGCCUCUCCCCCAACAACAGCGGCCACGACUCCACGGACACUGACAGCAACCACGAGGAGCGGCCCAACGCCUCCUUCCCCCAGGGCCAGGCCAUCCCCGCCCCGGCCCGCAACGGCCUGCCGGGCCUGAAGGAUUUCCCCCGGCCCUACGACAUCCUCAAGCCGCCCGCCCUGUGCCCCCGCGACGCCUUCAAGGUGCUCAACAAGGACGGGGAGCCCAUCGGGGUGUUCCGCUGCGACCACUGCCGCGUGCUCUUCCUGGAUUACGUCAUGUUCACCAUCCACAUGGGCUGCCACGGCUUCCGAGACCCCUUCGAGUGCAACGUCUGCGGCUACCGGAGCCACGACCGCUACGAGUUCUCCUCGCACAUCGCCCGGGGAGAGCACAGGGUCGUGCUCAAGUGAAGGGAGCGGCUCCCCCCGAGGGCAGGGGGCCGUGUUUGCCCGGCCCAGGGGAGGCUCGUUUGGUCGGGUUUUUAAUUAGAGUCACGAAAUUUCCCGAGUAUUUUUCUAGGCCGGUUUUUAAGCGUGUCACGGGCAGGUGACGCCUCUGUAAAUUGUUUCUCGAUAAUUCAGUGUUCUGUAGCAUCUCUGCCCGGCUGCUGUGGUGAGCAGGACUGUGGGAAACGCCCGGGGCAGAGCCUGGUUUUGAUACGAACUUUUAUUUUUGUGAAACUUCGGAGUCAUUUGCGAUGUUUUCAAUUUUUAGCGUGUGUUUUGGUUUUAUAGGGUUUGCUUUAACUCAGCACAAAAGGGUUUUGUGGCAGCUCCCCUGCUCGCUCAGGUGUUUGGUCUGAGGUGUGUUGGAGGAGCUUUUCCUAGUUAUACUUCUGAUAUGGU